AUGGCAUCACCAGCUUCGCUCGGGUCAAGAGCCUUACGAGCUAGCCAUCGCCUUUCCCAAUCCGCCAUCCAAACCAGAGGUCUCGCUGCAGCCGCAUCUGGUAGCUUUCAAUAUGAGACCGGAGAUGCCUCUGGUGUCAAAUAUGCCAGCAGAGACCUGCCCGGUGCCACAACCACCCUAACCGUCGUUGCCAAAGCUGGAACAAGAUAUCAGCCUUUGCCUGGAUACUCCGAUGCUCUGGAGAAAUUUGCUUUCAAGUCAACCGCCAAACGAUCAGCCUUGCGAAUCACAAGAGAAGCCGAACUUCUUGGUGGUGAGCUUUCCGCUUAUCAUUCUCGCGAAAACCUCGUCCUGCGCGCCAGAUUCCUCCGUGAAGACCUACCCUAUUUCACCGAGCUGUUGGGUGAGGUUAUCACCAAGACGAGAUAUACCACACAUGAAUUGAAUGAGGAGGUCGUCCACGUUAUAAAACUCGCCCAGAAAGGUCUCCUUGCCAAUCCUCUAUCUUUAGCCAUCAACUCAGUGCAUGCGACCGCUUUCCAUCGCGGACUUGGAGAGCCUCUGACUGCCACAUCCUCUGUACCACUCAAGUAUCUCGACGCCCCAGGAAUAGCCGACUUCAGCGAUUCCGCCUUCUCGAAAUCCAACAUUGCCGUGGUCGCCAAUGGAGCAAGCUCUUCCGAGUUCUCCAAGUGGGUUGGAGAGUUCUUCACCGACGUCAAGGAAUCCGGUUCUAAACUUUCUAGCCCUACCUCAAAGUACUUUGGCGGUGAGGAGAGAAUUGCGCAUGGGUCUGGAAACACAGUAAUCCUCGCAUUCCCCGGUUCCAGCUCAUUCACAUCUGGUUCAUCAUACAAGCCUGAGAUCUCGGUACUUGCAGCACUCCUGGGUGGCAAAUCCAGCAUCAAAUGGUCCCCCGGUUUCUCAUUACUGUCCAAGGCUGCUGCUCCAUAUCAAUUUGCUCACGUAUCAACUCAACAUGCUCCCUAUUCUGACGCCGGCCUCUUAUACAUCACCAUUACUGGAAAUGCUUCCCACGUUGGUAAGGCCAGCAAGAGUGUGGUCGACACUCUCAAAAAAGUCGCAGCGGGCGAUGUUGCUGAGGAAGAUAUCAAGAAAGCUGUGGCCCAAGCGAAGUUCCAGGCCCUUGAAGCGGGUCAACAAAUUGACACUGGUCUGGAGGCUACCGGAUCCGGUUUGAUCUCUGGUGGAAAAGCAUUCCAAAGUGACGAAAUUGCCACUUCGAUUGAAAAAGUAUCAACAGACAAGAUCAAGGCUGCUGCCAAAUCACUCCUGGAAAGCAAGGCAUCGGUCUCGACAGUGGGUGAUCUGUUCGCCCUGCCUUGGGCGGAAGACCUUGGAUUGAAGGUUUAA